AUGGCCCCGCGUUCCCCGCCCGAGGUAUCCAACAGCAAAAUCGUGAAGGAGCUCCGCACCGCAGUGCGAAAUAUCUACGCCAGCGACGAGAGAAGCAAACUGACAGUGAACUAUGCGCGUCAAGUGGUCGAGGCCAAGCUCGGCCUUGGUGACGGGUUUCUGAAGGAAGGCGACUGGAAGGCCAAGAGCAAGCAAGUUAUCUUUGACGCUCUGCAAGAGGCCGAAGAGUCCGAAGCCGAGCGUGCUAAGAACACCCCACCCAGUCCAAAGGGGAAGGGAUCUGGACCGAGCGCUAGGAACAAACCGCGCCCAACGAAGAAGGCCCGCGCUUCAUCAGAAGGCGUGUCCGGGAAUGAUGAGGCCAGUGAUGUGGAGGGUGCGCCAGCGCGCCAAAUCGAGAAACGGAAGAUGAAGCCUGCCGGCAAAAGGAAGUCAAAGCAGCCAAGCGAGGACUCGAGUGACUUGUCCGAGCCGCCUGACGAUAUCUCGGAGAGCAAAGCUCCGGCGAAAACGGAAGAAGCUUCUCCUGGUUCGGUAGAGGAUGGUGAGAGCGAAAGCGAUCGAGAUGACAUAUCCUCUGCAGAGACCGACGCGUCCUCUCCACGCACUAAGAAACCCAAGGCGAAGACGACAACGAAACCCAAACCCCCGCCAACGGAGCCGGCAACCAAAUCCAGCGACGCGGCGGCCGCCGAUUCCUCAAGCGAGCUCUCCUCCGUAAUCGACGAGCCAGCACCGACAAAACGCAAGCGUAAAGGCAAAGACACCGCCCAAUCCAAGCGCUCCCGCACGACCAAAUCCUCCUCCUCCGCUCCCUCCGCCGGCACCGCUGGCCUCUCGCCCGACGAAGCGCAGAUCAAGACGCUGCAGACCCAGCUCGGCAAGUGCGGCGUGCGCAAGGUGUGGGCCUUCGAGUUCAAGAAGCGCGGCGCCGACACCGCCAAGGCCAAGAUCAAGCUCCUCAAAGAGAUGCUCGUUGACGUCGGCAUGAAGGGCCGCUUCUCGGAGGCGAGGGCCAGGGAGAUCAAGGAGCAGCGCGAGCUGCAGGCCGAUCUGGAGGAUGUCAUGCGGAGAGAGGAGAGGUGGGGUGUCGGCGGCGGUGGCAGGGGGGCGAGGAGACGUGCUGCUGCGGUGGCGGCGGCGAAGGGGAAGGGCUUCAGAGAGUCUGGGAGUGAGAGCGAGGAGGCGGACGAGUCUGGGAAAGCAGAGAGUCGGGGGAAGGCGGGGAAUGCUGGUGGUCGCGGGAGUGAGCCUGACAGUGACGAGGAGGGCGGGAAACCUGCUGUGCGCGGGAAGGGUUCUGUGAGGCGCAGGGCGGAUUUGGCUUUCCUCGGGGACGAGAGCGAGUCGGAGUGA